AUGGCGGACGACAAACCUAGUCUUGCGGAGGUCUCAUCUUUUGAUUCCUCCAAACUGAAACAUGUGAAGACUGUGGAAAAGAAUACUCUUCCAUCCAGCGAAAGUAAGAAAACGAUAUUUUUUUAUAGCAAGACAUCUCUUCUGCACCACCAAAGAAUUUUUGUGUAGUAGUUUCUUUGAGGAAACAAACGAUUUUGUGCUAGUAUUUGAGCUGUACUGUGUACGUAAAGAGCUUAACUUAGUUCUAGAAGCAUUAUUUAGGAGAUGAGUGAGCAUAUUUUACACGCAAAGGUUUUCUGAAGCGAUGACAAUUGGAGAGUGCCAUUCAGUUCAAACGCCACGUCUAGCUUCCUCAGAGUCAUUCUUUGCAGAGCUUUUGGGCAUUUUUUUUGCAUUUUAAUUUGGAGCUGCGAAUGGACAUUUCGUCUAAAAUUUGCAAUUAUUUUGAAUGUCGUAGCUGUUAAACAGGAACUUCAGCCAGACGAAUUUCCAGAUCGUUCAGAGGUGAAGAAUUUCGACCAGUCGAAACUGAAGAAAGCCCACACUGAGGAAAAGAACCCACUUCCUUCGAAAGAGAGUAUGUUGGUUUCUCCUUAAGCAUUUAUAACUUUACUCAUUUCAAUGUAUGUUUUUUUUAAUACCUCGAGUGAGCUAAUCCAACGAUGUCAUGUUAAAUUUAAAGAGUGUUAACUCCCUAUCUUGUCAAAUUGCAGCAAUUGCUGAAGAACAACGCACGGCGCCAUUUUCUGGAGUGGAAGUUUUCAACAAGGAUCUACUGAAACACGUGGAAACUACCGAAAAGAAACCUCCUCUUCCAACUCCCCAAGGUACUUAUAAUUUUCGUAAUUUCAGGCGUAAGGCCAGGUGAAAAUAUGGUUUGCACGGGAAGAAUUAUAAAUAUUAAUUCACAUUACCAAAAUUUUUAUUGCGUUUGUUGCCUGGUAAGUUCGUGUUUCCCUAUCAGCGGAACGGAAACCUUCUUUAUUUUUCAUCACGUAUCUUUAAGGCAGACUGUAAACUGUGUUGAAACUCGUCUGGAAAUGUUUACGCUUGAAUUAGACUACGUGCGUUACAAAUUUAAGUGUUGUUGACCAAAUGUUUGUGAACCCAUCCCUCUGACAUUCGCUUGUUUGGAAGCUGAGCUUUAUUGACCUAAGGGUCGCCUUAAAAAUCGUCUUGUUUCGGAACACCGGAAAUAGCAUUUAUGUCUGCUGAAUCUGCUUUUUGUUUUCAAGUUCGUAUCAUAACAUAAGCUCAAUAAGUCAAAGAAUUAUUGCAAACAGCGGUGGUCCUCUCUUUCAUUGCACGUAACCUCUAAAAAGUUGCCUGAGGCGUAAAAUGUUAAAACCGAAGCGCACAAUUAGGUACUUUCGCGAGUUGUUAAGUGUUUAAAACUGUACCAAAAUUUUCCUUUUUAUUUUCAAUCGUGUUAGGAGGCGUAGUGUGGUAUUUAAAUAUUCAAAUUUCUCCAGACCACAUAACUACAAUAUUUAUAACUUGUCCAAUAUUUUAGUUUCGUGGCACCCUUACAAAUAUCAAUUUACAUAAACCAGGUAAAUUGAACUCAGACUUUGCCAACUUUCACUUUUCAGAAGUUUUAAUUACAACACUUGAGAUUUCACUCUUUGGCACAACUGCUUCAAUCAUGUUAAAUGUUUGCUGUAUUCAAUGUGGUUACUUGUUUUGAAUAGACUUUUGAAGUUUUAAAACUGAAAAUUUUAUUUCCAUAUAAGGUCAUAAGUGUGUACCUAGACUAACAUCAUUUUAUUUAAACAUCUGAGGAAAAAUUCUGAAUAAUUGAUCACUUUGAAAGAGCAAGACAAUUAAACUCUUUGUGUAGAGGAAUAGAUAUAUUGUAAUGCAAUGCACUAAUGCAAAGUUAAAUUCAAACUACAAGUUAUUGGAAGUUAGACUGAGAGUCAAAGCAGUGGAUGUAAAAAUUUUGGUUUCAUAUAUUUUGAUAAUAUUUAAGACUGCUGACUGUCCAUUAUGUGAGUAAACCCCUAACCUCUUAUUUUUGUAAAAACUUAACUCCCAUGUGUAACAAAGAAAUAAUUAAUCCUUUCAAUAUCAAGACAAUACCAAGCAGACAAGUGAUGAGGAUAAAGGUAAAAUAUCAAUUGAGGAGAUUAACAGUUGAUCCAAUACCAAAUUCUCCAAACUAAUAUCAUAACUGCAUGGCAGACAGUAAGGAUAUAUGGGAAGUGAAAGUAAUCUAAGAGAAACUGUGUAUGGUCGAAAAGGAAGUAUUAUUGUCCAGAUAUUAACACUGAUAUGGCUGAAACCAUUCAAGGUGAAUGGUUUAAGCAUCCUUUUGUGAUAACUUGUCUGGAUGCAAAAGAGCCUUUGCCUUUACCUUUGCCCUAGUUUACCCCUAAGAGUGACUAGCACCUAAUUUCUUUUUGCAAUACCACCCUAGAAUCACACAAAGUCACAAGAAUAAACAAAAUGAUUACCAAUUAAAGGUGCUCUUGAUUCCUAGACAAGUUUUCCUUGUCAGCACCUUAGAAAAUGUAUCGAGAACAUUAUGGAGGAUAUGAAUACCAAUGUUAGGGUGUAAAGAGAUUUUAGAACCCCACUGAGCCUGCUGAGAAGAUUCAGGUAUGGAGCUUAUUGAGGAGCUUCCAAAUAAACAUUUUUGCAUUUCUUUCAGAGCUUCGUGAAGAGAUGCGGCCUGAUGAACUCCCAGAUGUUUCUGAAGUAGAAAACUUUGAUGCAACAAAACUGAAACGUGUUAAAACCAAGGAAAGCAAUGUUCUUCCCACUAAAGAAGGUAAAUGAACUCUUAAAGCAAUAGACAGCACUUUUUAUUAAUGUACCAGGAAACAAAACCCAUGCAGUAUGUUGUGACAACACAAGAAAAGUUGACUUGUGAUUUACAAAUUUUUCAACUGGUUUUGGAGAAAGCACCAUUCCUCAUUUUAUACAAUCAGAUUAGAACUACUCCAAAUAUCUUGUGUUGUGUUUUCAGAUCUCAUUGCAAAGAGAGCGACCCCUCUUUCUAAGACGAAUGUGAAUGUUUGUGUCAGAAUAUGAUUUUAAACUGAUUUGAAAAGUGAAUGCUUUAAAUUUUGAGCACUAGAACUUUGUUUGAGACCCUCAUCAAGCAUGUUCCUUUUCUUGAUCACUCAUUCAACAUUAAAUAGAAUUUUUAAAUGGUUAAUAAACUUCGGUAACAUGUCAAACAUGGAUUGAUUCUUUAGUUAUCGAGGAGGAAUCUGUUGAAUCCAGAGCCGAAGUGAAGAGUUUCGACAAAGGCUCUCUUAAACAUGUGGACACAGAUGAAAAGAAGUAUCUCCCCACUGCACAAGGUACAUUAUAAUUAUAUCUCCUUGGUGACACAGCGUCAUCUCUUGUUCUCUUCAUUCUAAAAUGGGUGAUUUCAGGUCAAGUUCUGUUUUAUAAUUUUGAUACUCUCAAUGUCUUCUGUUUUGAUUUCAGAUCUCACUGCUGAGAGAAUGCCCCCGCCAUCAAGACGACCAGACCGCUCAGAGGUGCUACAGUUUGACCACAAUAAACUGCAACAUGUGCCUGUUACAGAAAAAGUUGUUCUUCCAAGUCAAAAAGGUAUUUAUAAAUAUAUUUGAUAUAUUUUUUUUGUGUGAUGAAUUAUAGAACGAAGUCUUCAAGGGAAGCCUAAAUUCAAUUGAGGAUUUUUGCCCUCAGGGUUAGUGUUAUAAAAGCUGAAAAACAAGCUUUCAAAUGACUUGUUUCAUUUUGAUAUCAUUUCUAAGAUUAUUUUUCUUUCUUUCCAGACAUUCAUGAUGAAAGUGUAGACUCCAGAGCAGAAGUUAAAACGUUUGACAAGAGUCAGUUGAAACAUGUUGAAACCAAAGAGGAUAAUACACUACCUGGAGCAGGAGGUACAUGUACAUGCACAUGUAAAUUCUCCCCACUGUCUGCCAAAUAUUUCUUAUACCUUUAGCUCUAAGGAAUUUGUAUGAAAUCAGACAAUGUUUAUUUGGUGAUGAUUGAUUUAAUUUGAUUUGCUUCUUGUCAGCUUGUCUUGUCAUUGUGCUGUAUUGCUUCUUGUCUGGAGAAAUUACUUGGUGGUCACCCCUGUGGGCAAAAGAGUUAAAGGCCGAUCAAUUUGAAGUCUAUAACAUCCCCCCCUCCCCCCCAUGGCCAACCCUGUCUUCAGUGCCGGGGGGGGGGGGUUUGGGAAAUUUGAGCCUUUCCUGGGUAGGGUGCAGAGUUGUAACCAAAACUGUAAAGUCUUUUUAGCAGAUUACACAUGUUUUAUCUUUAAAUUUGUAGUUUUUAAAGGUAAAGAGUUCACUUUCACAGAGCUAAUGGCUCUGAAGAAAAGGUCUACAAGAAAUUCUUGGUCAAUAACCUUGCGUUUUACAAAAGUUUUACUAUCAAAUCUGGCACUCGGGUGGGGCAUUUGAACAAAAUUUUGGCCUGAGGGGGUUGGGGGGAGCAGAAAUUUAAUGUUCAAAUGGCCAGGGGGGCUGCCCAAGGGGGAUUUUGAAGCUUCAAAUUGAUUGAUGCAUUAAUUCCUGAUGUUGGUUUGAGCACCACACUACUGUAUGCUGCAGAUUCCAAAUAUGUCCUUUGCAUGACUCUGUUAGCUUCCUUGUUGAAUUAAAAGUAUAUUUGUGCAAAAAGCAAGGUAGUGAAGGAAUGAAGGGAAUAAUGGCAUUUGUAAAAUGCCCAAACUUGAGGCCACUGGCAUUUAAGUUCACAAUUUGGCAAUCAUUAUGAUCUCAAGAAAAUUAACCCUUUCACUCCCACAAGUGACCAAGACAGAAUUUCUCCUUACAAUAUCAAUACAAUAUCAAGCAGGCAGGUGAUGAGAAUGGAGAAGAAUAUCGCUCAUGGGAUCAUUAGUUGAUCCAAUACCAAAUUCUCUGAACUAACAUCAUGAGAAUUGUAUGGCAGAUAGUAAGGAGAAUUACUAAUCAGAUCUUGGGAGUGAAAGGGUUAACAAGAGCUGGAAGAGUAGGCAGGGGAUGACAAAAACUGCCAUCAAGCAAACUGUGAAACUAGAGGAAAAAACAUGACACCAAUAUUAAUUAGUUCAUCUCUUAAAUAUUCAGAUAUCCGAGCCGAGUUGAUGCCUGAUGUGCUGCCAGAUCGUUCAGAAGUGGCAAAGUUUGAUCAGACCAAGCUUAAACAUGUGAAAACUACAGAGAAAGUAGUUCUUCCAACUCAAGAUGGUGAGGCUGAAAUUUGUUACAGUACAGCUACGAUUACCAAGUUCAAACUUACAAUGCAUGUUAAGGAAGGGAAAAUUAGUCCAACCAAAUUCAGUGUGUGUUAUUUGAAGUUCAGGACCAUUUCAAGCUAAGAUCACAAAGAACUUAGUUGGAAUUCAUUAGUUGUUUCGUGGAAGGCAUUUUGUGAAUUUUGGCCAAGUGACUGCCAUGACAGUUGAUUGUUUUGUUAUAAAUGUGGACAAAGGUAAAAAUUAAUGUAAAUAUGUAAAUACGCAUAAAAAUACAAUACGAUCUUUCUUUAUCCAAAGACUAAUUUAGUGUUUCCCCUUAUUUUAAAUAUAAUGUGUAAGCAACUUUUCAUGUGUUGAAUUAACAAGAACUCCAAGUGAUUAUAGGCAGUAAAUUUACUGGUUACCAACUGAAGAGGAGAACACUUUUGAACUUAAAUUGCACAAAUGACUAAACAAUGAUUAUGUUAAUAAUAAGUACUUUUCAUUGUGUUUAAUUUUAUUAGUUGCAAUCUAUUAUUUACGAAGAUUAAGAGAAGUAAUAUUGAUUAGAACAGGGUUUGUAUGUGUCCUGAAAAAUUUGGAAAAAUCCUGUAGUUUUAUUUUGAAAUUUUCCAGGACUGGAAAGUCCUGCAAAAGAGACCACAGGUCCUGGAAAGUCCUGGAAAUCUGCUUAACUCAAGAAAUAAAGUUUUCAGAAUUGACAUUAUUAGAAAUGUAUGUAGAUCAUAGGGGAAAUGUAUGUAGAUCAUUGAGUUUGAAAUCUUGGGAAUGAAAGUGUUAAAGGUGUAAGUCAGAGCCAUGGAAAAUUCACUUUGAGUACUGGAAAAGUCCUUGAAUUUGUUUUUGAAUAAGUGUACAAACCCUGAUAGAAAUUGAUAAAGAUAAUUCUAGUUAUUUCAUCUUUUUCAUGGGAUCUGGCAAAUUUUUUUUUUCUUAAGAUAUCAAGGAGGAAACUAUUGGGUCACGAGCAGAAGUGAAGACUUUUGAUCACAGCAAGCUCAAGCAUGUGAAGACAGAAGAAAAAGUUACUUUACCAGGAGUUGGAGGUUAGUUUGGUAGUAAUUUUUGAUGGCCAGGUGUAGAAAUGCAUGGUAGUUGAUAUAUUUUUUCCUUCUUUUGUUCACAUUUUAGACAUUGUGGCAGAAUUGAGGCCAGACGAACUUCCUGACCGCUCAGCUGUGACAUCAUUUGAUCAGUCCCAACUGAAACAUGUUGAGACUCAACAGAAGGAAGUUUUGCCAACAAAAGCAGGUGCUGUAACACCCUUUACACCCUUUCAUCUGAUGAGUAUGCAAUUUCUUUACACUGCUUUUAUAUGUUUCCUAUAUUACUUACGAGGAGAAUUUACCUAACAGUAAAGAGCUUCUUGAGUUGGCAACAUUUACCGUAUUUACUUGUGUAUAAGUCAAACUCGUGUGUAAGUUUACCCCAUUUUUGAGUUCAAAAAUCAGAUUUUUCAUCAUUUCUAGUCUAAGAAGUAAAAUUCAGACAGAUAGAAAUUUCCCAAAAGUGGAUCUCUUACUUUUGGGAAUGUAUUAAAAACACAGAGAAUUAAAAACUGCAGAGCAAAAUGUAACAGUGUGCUUUGAAGACAUUUGCCAGGUUUCUAAACUACUGUAAUCAUUCAAUAAAAUCAAAAGUUUUGCUCUGUAAACAACAGCGAAGUUGUAAGAAAAAAUGCCUGCUCUACAGUCCAGAGAUACAAUAGAAAUCAGCUCAAGUAGCUUUGCGUUAGACUACUCAAAAUUUAUUAUUUCAAACUUUUUUUGUGGACGAAGAAUGUGCUGAAAAGUGAUGAAACUUGAACACAAUUUGAACUGAGCUGGUUUGGUAAACUCAGUUUGAUUCAGGGGUGAUACUGUCUCAAGGAAUGAGAUGUUAAUAACUCCUCAGGAAAAAAGGGUCAAGAUCAGUUGUGUUGGCAUAAAAAUUUCUUGUGCUGCUAAGGAGAUGAAUUUGAUCUACACUAUUUUACUUUAUAACUUUUUUUUUUUCAUUUGUUGAUCAGUAAUUGAAGAAGAGAUGACUAACUCCAGAGCGGAAGUUAAAUCAUUUGACAAGUCGAAACUGAAGCAUGUUGAAACAGAAGAGAAAAACCCAACACCCACACCACAAACGCUGAGAGAGGAAUUGAUCCCUGACAAGUUACCUGACAAGACAGCAGAGUUAAAGGAAAUUGAAGGAUUUGAUGCAUCAAAGAAACUGAAACAUGUUGAAACCCAGGACAAGACACAUCUUCCUACAAAGGAAGGUACAGUAUGUUUUGACAGCACAGAGAAGGUUUUAAAUAUAUGAAUAUAACAGUUGUCAAAUGAAUAGAGGGGUAAGUUUCUUAACCGUUAAAUUCCUAGAAGGGAGAAACCCGUAACUUCUUCCUGUAAUAUCCAUACAUUAUCCAGCAAAUGGGUGAUAAAAAUGCUCAAACUUAUCAGAGAGAAGUUGUUAUCUUGGUCUAAUGCCAAAUUCUCUUAACUAAUUUACAAGGAAAUGUGUAGCAGCUCGUGAGGAGAAUUAACAAUUGGAUCUUGGGAGUUCAAGGGUUAACAAUCAAGAGUUUCUUUUAUUGGUGAUCAUUUCCUUUAUUCUUGUGACCUUAACAUGUGAUUGAGGGUUGAUAUUGUAAGGAGAAAUUAGAUGUUAGUCACUCUUAGAGGUCAAAAGGUUGAAGUUUCUUCUAGGCUUAAUUUGUGCAUUGACAAAAGCAAUCAAUAUUUUCUAACAGAAAUCAAGGAAGAAGCAACCGAGACAAGAGCUGAAGUUAAAACCUUUGACCAGUCUAAGCUGAACCACGUAGAGCCUCAGGAGAAAAAUACACUUCCUAAACAAUCAGGCAAGUGUGCUUUGUUCUGAGAGACGAAACAAUUUGAUUGACAGAUGCCAAUAAGCUGAUCUUCAUUUUGAAAUUUAUAAAAAAAAAGUAUUGUAACCAAAUCAUUUUAAAGCUUCAAAUGUUGAACUUCCCUACAAAUACAACCAUGUUGUUCCAUAGAAGCUUUUGUGAGUGAGCACAAUUUAUGCACAUAUGACUACAACAAGGUUACUUGAAGAAAAAUUUGACUACAUUUAUUUUUUAAUAUUCAAGCUGUGUCCUGUUAUGAUUUUUUAUAUUAAGAUUUAUUAUGUAUCUUCCAGUGUGUCUGUUGCACCAGAAAUUAGAAUUUAGUUUUUCUGCAAAGUUGUAAAAGCAGUAAGCACUGUGUUUUUUGUGCUGGAGGGCUGAAAUUGUGAAAUUUCCAAUGAGUGCAGUAGUCAGUGAUGAAUCUGCACUCAGAUUCAGACAGUGCAGCAAGAGGUAGACGCAUGGCGACAACUUACACCAUCUAUCAGUAACGAAAGAACAGUGUUAGCUCAGGCAGAUGGAACAAGUUUGCAAGAUCCUCAUGUUUUUGUCCUUACUUUUUGAGAAAAGUGAAUUGUUGCUGGAUAGUUGGAGUUUGAUGCACAGAUUUGGGAAGAGAAACUUAUAAUUCCUGAUAGAAAUGUAGUGUGUAGAUUUUGUGAUCAUGUCAUAUUUUGAACCCUCUGUUCUUGAAUUGGAGAAAUUGUUUCACUUACUGGUACAAAUGUGAAAUAGUUACUGCCCUUGCAAUUUUAUCAAUUAUCAUUAAAUGCUCUCUACAGAUUGGAGUAAAAUUUCAAAAAGUAAAAGAAAUCUACAGUUUUAUAUUUUGGAUUACAAGUUACAUUUAUUAAAGAUAAACAUAUUAUUUAAAAUGGGAAAUAAAAUUAUUUUUAUAUUAAAAAAAAAUGAAAAUUAAAGACUUUCCAAGAUUAAUAAAAAGUUGACUAAUACAAUCAAAUAAAUGGCGGUUAUUAUUUAAAAAUGUUAUUGGGCAGUCAGAGUUUGAAAGGUGAAAUUGAAGAAUUUAUAUGUGCAUGUUUGUAAACGGAAGUUCCUCGUAAAAUAAAGUUGCUCGUUUGUUGAGUUUAUCCAUGUGUCAGUGUAAGAUAUUUCAAGUUUAGCUAGCCUACCUUCGACCGGGAGAAACUCCUUAGUCACAGAAAAGUUCAAACGUUCCAGCAGAGGUUUUGGCCUUUGUGAUGUAAUGUUUAAAUUUGACUGGUCUCUCAUUCAACAAUGAUUCGAUUCAUGGUCCCACUCGCCAUCCUUUUUUCGCUUUCUAUUCUUUUCCUUCCAUUUUCCCUUAAUUCCUCUUGUUACAUUUAGGGAGCACGCACUGUCUUCGUAAACAAACGUCUGUCAAGCUUUUCCGAAGCACUGCGACGGAAAAACGAUCACUGCAGGCUCACUGAUUUCUUAUUUUACGAUUCUUACAUGAACGAUCACGACUUUGCAUGCGACGAUCACGUGCCUCUGAUGUCAACCAGGAUCAUUAACCAUUAACUUCGAUUCCAAUAAGCGAUGUUGUUAUCAAAAUUACUUAUUUUAUUACUAAAUAAAGCUGAUAGUAGUCUUGUAUGAAUUUUGAUUAGACAUUCAAGAGGAGAAAGCAGCUUCCUGAAGAGUGACCUCAGUAAUUCGUACCCAGUGCACCGAGCAGGACGUAUGUACACGGUUGAAGCGGAACAUUAUUGGACAAUGCAAUUACAGGAACUUUUCUAGCUCAUCUUUUUAUAGUAGAAAUUCUCAUAUAUUCUGCUUAAUAUCUUGGGCUCGGUUUAUAUACACUUUUGUAUAACAGAGACAUUUUCCAAGGAGACAAAUAGAUUUGUAAGAGUAGCUUCAAUUAUGAUUAAAUUGCUAUGAAGAAACUUUCAUUGACUCCUGUUUCCUGCUCAUACAUUUGGAGCAACUUUCAUUUGAUUGUCGAAAGUAAUUCGGGCUAGCAUUGGUUUUUCUGUUACUUAGCUUUGUGAUUGGUCCAAAAAACUCGUACCACAUUCUCGACCAAUCAGAUGCAAAACUAAAAUCAAUGACAACUUUCCCGCGCUUGGGCGGUUUGCUUGGUUUAAUUUGGGUUCUCCUUGGUUCUUAAGGGAUUUUUCUUUUUUCUGAUUGGCUGUUUUGACGACUUUGGUUUUGGUUUUACGACACGCAAUUAAGAAACGCUCUCUAAAUUUCAU